UGACCCGCGCGGCGUCCUCUCACACCUGACACACGAUAUCCCGAUGCAUAUUAUCAAUGUGCUCCCCGAUUUGAGUGGCAAUCUGUCGCGGACUCUUAUUUGGCUGUGUUUCGGGUGUCAGUGAUAAGAGGUGCAAUAUAUAAAUGAACUGUAAAUGAAUCAGGUAAGGUCUAGCUUCAUUCUGAACACAUUUGCUCCCAUGUCGACCAGUGAAGUUCUCCCCCAAGGCGCAGGCUAUGGCGUCGUCAUCGGGAUCGGAUUGUUCUUCAGUGCUUUCAUGGUGUGUUUAACUGCUAUGCAGGCACGCUACACAGGUGUCUCCCCCAAAGAUUCUGAGGAGUUUUCGUCUGCUUCGCGCUCAGUGAAGCCUGGGCUUAUUGCCUCUGGCAUUGUCUCUGCUUGGACGUGGGCAGCAACACUACUCCAAUCUAGUGCGAUCGCUUAUAGAUAUGGCAUUGCGGGGCCAUGGUGGUAUGCCGCAGGUGCGACAGUACAGGUCCUCUUGUUUGCGCAGCUUGCUGCGAAGCUAAAGCUCAAUGCUCCCUAUGCACACACCUGGCUUGAGAUUGUUGCAACACGGUGGGGAACUACAGCGCAUCUUAUUUUCAUGGUUUUCGGUAUUGCGACAAACUUGAUCGUGUCCUCAAUGCUUGUUUUGGGUGGUUCGGCCACUGUGACGAGUUUGACUGGGAUGAGCACGAUUGCUGCGUGUUUCCUCAUCCCGCUGGGUGUUGCCAUUUAUGUUGUCGUUGGUGGAAUGCGUUCCACACUGCUUUGCGAUUAUACACAUACAACCGUCCUCUUUGCUAUCAUCUUGACGUUUGUAUUCACCGUAUAUGCAACCUCGGAUUACAUUGGUUCCAUCAGUCGCAUGCACUAUCUAUUGAGUGAGGUAUCCCAGAUCUCACCCGUAGUCGGUAAUGCUGGCGGCUCGUACCUCACCCUCCGCUCCGAAAACGGCCUGAUCUUCGGUGUUAUCAACCUCAUUGGCAAUUUUGCAACUGUCUUCCAGGACCAGGCAUAUUGGCAACGUGCUAUUGCCAGUCGACCUUCUACGACUGUCAAGGCGUACCUUAUUGGUGGCUUGGCAUGGUUUGCUAUUCCAUUUGUAUUCUCAACCACGCUUGGGCUUGCUGCGGUCGCUUUUUUCUGCGAUCCACUAUCAAGCAGCUUUAUUCCCUUGCUUGCGCCACUCUCGCAAAAUGACAUCUCAGAGGGUCUUCCAGCUUCGCUAGCCGCUGCGACGUUGCUCGGGAAAUCGGGCGCAGCUGCGCUUCUUAUCGUCCUCUUCUUGGCUGUGACCAGUGCCACGAGUGCGGAGCUGAUCGCAGUCUCUUCUAUUUUGACUUACGAUGUCUAUGUGAGAUAUAUUAAUCCGAAGGCUACAGAGCAACAAAUUCUGCGUAUGAGCCAUGCAGGGGUUGUCAUCUUUGCCCUUGUGAUGGGCAUCGCCGGUGUUAUUUUCUACUAUAUUGGAGUAUCCAUGGGUUGGCUUUACACAUUCAUGGGGGUUAUCCUCGGCUCUGCUGUCUGCCCAAUUGCCCUUUGCAUUACCUGGAAAAAAGCUAGUAAAGUGGGCUGCAUCAGUGGUUCGCUCAUUGGUUUUUCCGCAGGUAUCAUUGCCUGGCUGGUCACCACCUCUACGCUUAAUCAAAAAGUUAUCAAUGUCACUGUAUGCAACUACGAAAUGCUCGCAGGAAACCUUGCGUCGAUCGGUGUUGGUGCUAUUAUCUCAACUGCCGCUUCACUUAUUUGGCCAGAUGACUACGAUUUUACUUUGACUCGCGCAAUUAAUAACCGUGGUGCCGCCGAACCAGAGUAUGAGAAGAAAGUCCAAGAUGUGUCAGUGUUAUCCGUGACAAAUGAAGCGCAAAUCGAUCCCGAGCUGGACCCAGUUAGCCUAAAUAAGGCAUUCAAGUUCGCUGCCAGGGCAUCAAUAGUACUUACCUUGGUACUGAUGAUACUUAUCCCUCUCCCCCUCUUUUUUGCCCAGACGGUCUAUAGCGUUACCGGCCUUUCUGUAUGGGUGAUAGUCGGUAUCAUUUGGGCAUUCCUGUCGGCGUUCACAGUCGUGAUAUACCCCUUGUGGGAGAGCAGAGCUGCGCUUCUGCUCAUUUCGAGAGGGGUGAUCAUGGAUAUUUUCUCUCCUGGGAGUGGUAAAUUUGUUGCGCCAUCUUCAAUGAGGAAGCCUGGCGAAUAAAGUUCCGUGACAGAAGAGAUUUUGGAAACUUUACCGACGACGAUAAUUGUAGGCAGGACUCUUCCGUUAUUGGUGGCCUGCAUCUCCUAGUAUGAAAACAUUUGUAGAUAACAAAUGCAUCAGUAUACACGACACAAUAAAGUUCUAAACUGGUUUCU